CUUACUUCCUGACUCAAAUGAUAAAACCGUGGAGAAGAAGUCGAACCGAAAGAAAACGGGACAGCUCGAAGAGUGCGGUGGCAGUGGUAUUUAUUUUUUAUUUUUUUGUAUAAAUUUUGUGUACAGUGUAUGUUACAGUUGAGUGAAUUGGCUGUUCUCUUUAUUUAGUCGUGUCUUAUCUCAUUGGCGUCUCAUUAACUGACUACGUAGUUUCGUUAGUAGAAGAAGCCGGCGGGAAAUACUCGCCCAGCCGACCCAAGCCCUGUGCAAGUGGAUGUUGUAGUGCGGUCUGGUCAGGGGAUCCAGUGUGUGAUGGACCUGCGCCUGCUGUCCCGUAUCGAUGAGGAGCUGGACUCCUCUGAGGUGGCUGCCCUGUGCUUCCUGUGCACAGAUGUGCUCAAAAGGAAACGCCUGGAGACGGUGGAGGAUGGGCGUGGCCUGUUCCUGAGGCUGCAGGAGAAAAGCCUGCUGGAGGACCACUACUUCCUCUCCCAACUUCUCUCUGUCAUUGGUCGACUGGACCUUCUCCGCCUCCUGGAGACAGACAGCAGACAGCCGACCCAGACAGACGCAUGCCCUGCCCUCUCACAGUACAGGAGGAUGUUGUAUAAGGUCUCAGAAGAUGUAACUAAGGAGAAUCUCACUAAGAUGAAGUUUUUGCUGAGCGACAAACUGCCCAGAGGACGACUGGAUCUCUGCACUGUAAGAACACCUACAUGAACACACUCAUUUGCAAAUGCACACUAGAAAAUUUGAGCCCGGUCCGACCUAGCCCGAGCCCCACCCGAGUCCAACAUCACAUAAAUGGAAUGAACCCGAUUUCUAGAAAAGAUAAUGUUGCCAUUUCACCAGUAGGCUAUAUUGACUGUUGACAACAAUGUGGUUGAGGUGGCAGCAGCGUGGGAAGACGAGGAAGCAUCUUUUCUCAGAACUCUCCGUUGAAUGUAUCUUGACUACAAAAUAUCCAUAGCUUUAGAAAUUAGACAGAUCUUGCUGCUGUUGCCCGUUUUUUGAGUGUUUGUUUAAUACUGAUUACGUAAUCCGAUAUCAAUUGAGCUUCAAGCCUCACGCAACCGCAACAUGUAUAAAGCAAUUGCAUUUUAUGAAUGCGACUGUUUUAUUUUGCUAUGCUGUAAUAAAGGCUUUACAACUUGAUUUCAUUA